AUGACAGCAAAGUCUCUGAACAGAGUGGCAGCUGAUAUCAAAGAGUGGCUUCAAAAGCUUCAGAUAUUUGGAUUUGACCCAGAGAAGAAUACAGUCUGGGUUCUCGAAGGCAUUCUUUACUACCUCUCCCACUCACAUGCCAUGGAAGUAUUGAAGAUCAUAGCUAAUAAUUGCACUCUUACGCAGACAGUCCUCUUAGCAGACUUCAUGAACAAGCCAUCGACCACACUCUCCAGCUCCGUUUUUCAUUUCUAUAGUGAUUGGCCCGAUCAUCUCCUGCCAUCCCUAGGAUUUUCUGAUGUUAAGCUUUCACAAAUUGGUGAUCCCAAUGCUCAUUUUGGUCUGCUACAUGAUCCACUAAACCUGUUCAACAAGCUUCGAAGCUUACCCAGAUCACUCCAAACUCACCCUGAUGAUGGAACACCGUGUUGUCGCUUAUAUUUGGUGCAGGCUUCUGGUUCACCCAAUCAAACCAUUCCAUAAAAGCCAAUUCUCUGUAAGUCUAGAUAUUAUACAUUUCUAACUUCAAAUUAUAGUUUAGGUGUAA